AUGUUCAAUAUACUUAAAACUAAAUCUAUACAUAAACAAGAUAAUACGUAGGAAAGUUAUGAUGCAUUCAAAAGACCUCCAGAUUUUUAGUUCGCUGAAAAACAUGGAGUAUAAUAGACUUUGAAUAUAGCUAGCCUCUAGAUUUGCAGUAGCCGAUAAUGAAAAAGUAUAGUUUUGUGUUUGUUGUGGAAUGCCAAUCUAAAAUGAUCAGUUACCAUUGUGUUGUGAUAAAUAGGAUAUUAAUUUUAAUGGGGCUGGGAUCCCAUUGUAUUUUGAGUUCAUUUAAUUUGCUGCAGUUUUGCUAGUAACCUUGGGGUAUUUUUGUAUCUAACCAAAUAGAUUGAUAUCAGGCAUAUACAAUACUGUGACUAAUGUCCAAGGUAGCUCUUGUGAAGAGUAAUCAGAUACUUGUUCUUUGAAUUAUUACAAUAAAUACGCUUUGUCCAACAAGGCAGAGUAAAUUAUUUAAAGUCUAUAAUAGAUAAUAUGAUGUUGGUCUUAAUGUUUUAGAUUUAAUUUCUACUCUCAUCAUAAUUGGCUUUACGAUUUACUAUAGAAGGUGGAUGAAUUUAACUGCAUAGGAAGUGGAUAACUCAGUUGUUACCAUCUCUGAUUUUUCUAUCUAAGUAAGCAAUUUGCCUUUAGACGCAACCGAAUAAGAAAUAAAGGAAUUUUUUAGUAAAAUUGAAAAGAAGGGAGCUGAAAAAUAAUUACAUAUUUAAAGUAUUUGUCUAGGAUGGAACAUUUAGUAGUACACUAAUACACUCAAUGAUAAGUUAGCCAAAGAAAUUUAGAUUAGUAAUUUGAUAGCAUUGUAUUUUUUUACUUCAUUUUCCAUAGAGAAUAAGCAGGAAAGUUGAAGAACAAAUAGCAAAAAGAAGUACUUGAACAAGAAAUAACUGCACUCAAUAAGGAUAUUAAAGAGUUUCUUGAGGCAUUUGAUUAAAAAUUCUUACUAAGUGGAGUUGCAUUUAUUACAUUUAACACUAGCGUAAAUUAUUGAGUCUAUAUUAUAAGUAAGAAGCCCAAGAAUGUAGAAAGUUCCACAAUCAAACAAAAAUUUAAUUGCUAUUUCAUUCAUUUUAUUAUUGUUUCAGAAAAAAGAGAUAAUUAACCAAAUUCAAAGGAAAAACACCAUAUGUGGUAAGAGCACCUGAACCAGGUGACAUCAUGUGGGAAAAUCUGGGAGAAAAACCUUGGAAAUAGAUUUCGAAUUAAACUUGGACAAAUUUAGCAACACUUCUCAUUUUGUGUGUAUGUUUUGCAGCCAUCCUUGGAAUUUCAAUUGGAUAAACUUCUUUAGCUAAAAGUGGAUCAAAAUCUGAGAGUAAAUCAGUGGGAUUUAUCAUCACAUUUUUGGGUUUGGUAGCUUCCUUUAUCAUUUCAUUCCUUAAUACAAUUAUGGCAUUCACAAUAAGGAAGCUAGUAUCAUAUGAAAAACCAUAUACUUAAACAGAUUUUAAUAUUAGUUAUGCAAAUAAGCUAGGAAUGGUAAAUUUAAUUAUUUAAUUAAGUCCUAAUUUAUUAAUACCGCCAUCAUACCAUUAUUAGUUAAUCUAACACUAUAGGAUGAGGAAUUACUAAUAAGCUUAUGGAAAAGUGGAGGACUCAAUUCUGAUGUGAGUCUCAUUUUAAUUAUGAAUGCCAUAUUUCCAUGGUUAAUCAAUAUUUUUGACCCAUUCUACUUUUGGAAAUUAAUCAAAAGAUAGAGAGCCAAAAAUCAAGGAAGUUAAUGCACACUGACUCAAAGAGAAGCUAACCUGCUCUUUGAAGGAACUAAAAGUGACUUAUCUCAAAAAUAUGCCACAAUAGUUAAGUCUUUAAUGUUGACUUUCUUUUAUGCUUAACUAUUGCCUAUAGGAAUACCUAUUGCUUUGGCCUUUUUAUUGGUAAAUUAUUGGAUUGAAAAAUAUUUACUAUUGAAAAGAUCAUCAAGAAAUGCUCCUGUAGGCAAAUAAUUGGCAGAGGAGAUGAUAGAUUUGUAUAUAGAAUUGACUUUAUUGCUUUUUGCAGCAGGAAAUUGUAUUUGGUAAAAGGUUGUAGUAGGGGAUAUUAAUCCGAUUGUUUGGACAUAGUUAGCAGUGGCAGCAUUUUAAUUCCUACUUCCUGUUGACUGGAUAUUUGAAUGGUUUUUCAAUUUUGAAGAGGUUCAGACUACAGAAACAUAUGAACAACAGAAAAGUUAGUUAUGGGAUGUAAGAUAUUAGAAUAUUAAAGGAUUAUUUAAAACGAAAUCCUGUAACUCAAUAAAAAUGUAUUGAAUAAUGGAUUCAGGAAUAGGGAGGAGAAUAAAAUAAAAAUGUCUAAGGAUUUUUGUAAAAAUUAGAAAUAAAAUACUAACAAGACAUGACAGAGGCCCAACACAAGCUUAUCAAAAAGUUUGUACCGAAAGAUUUAAUCAAUGUAUGUAUAAUUCACUCUAUCCCAAGUCUCAUUAUGAGAUCAGAAAAAAUCAAAUUCUACCAAAUAAUCUAGAAGAAUCUUUAUUAUUCAAAUAGUAAGGAAUGAAUGCUCAGAAACCAGAGAUCAGAUAAGCAGAAUCCCUCUACUUUCCAAAACGAGAAACAGAAUUCGUACCUAAUAGACCAUAAAUUAAAUAAGCUGAUUCUUUCACAUAUGAUUGA